AAGCGCUCACUGUACGGCCUUUUGCGCUACUAUUUCCCUUGAUUUUUAAAAACGAUCUUCCGCAACAGGUUCCUGCCUGGAGGUAUUGGUGAUCCACAGCUACUAGAUACGAAAGUCCGUUCAGCGAAAGCUUCUAUUCCGUCCAUAGCCAUCUGAACCAUUUAUGUUUUACUAGUCGUAAUGUUUGCAGUAUUGGUAGCUGGAAGACCAGUACAAACAAGUUUUAAUAUAAUAUCAGAGUCUCAGUUUCUUCUGGAUUUGCUACCCUUAAAUGAUGUAAAUCAUAUUGUUGUGUUUCUAACAGGAGAAACUGUCUUUCCGCCAAAUAUGGGUGGCGGGGUUUAUCUGGGGAUUCAGCAAAAUGGGGUCCCUAACUGGCACUUUCUUGGUGUUCUAACGAACGAGAAGCCUAGCGCGAUAUAUAAAGUUGGCAAACUUGCUAAAAAUGCACAGCUUCAAAAUGUUAUACACCCAUUUGGCACUAAUGCCUCUUUUCAAUGCUCAAAUGGAGUCGUACCUGCUCAAAUAGGAAUUUCUGUUGAUCUUUUAACAAAUCUGCCACAACAAACAGAAGAAAUCACUCCUGAAUCAUCAGUUUCUGGUGAUAAGAUGACUCAGUUCACUCGAUUCGCAGCUGAAAGUUUAUUUAAUUAUGUUGCUAGUUUUGCACGUGAUAAUUCAACAUCUGAUCCUCUUGUACCAAUGUCAGCAAUUAAAAGAUGGUUUGAUACAAUGUUACAGAAACUCUCCCUUGAUGCAUCGUUUUGGCGAAAGUGAACAACUGUAAACAUUAUUUUUUAUUCUUUUUUAAACACUGAUAAAGUGCGUACAGAUAAUCUAUUUUACUACGCCUCGUUAUUUGUUCCGACUAAAUUAUCCAUCAAAACAGAACGUAUUAAACAACAUACUGUGUACAAAUUGUAAUCCUAACCCAAUGAUGAAAUAGCAUUUAGUUGGUUACUUUUUUAAUAGAUAUUAAUUAAUAGACUAUUGCUAUUGAA